CUAUCUAGACCCUUUUAGUUGGUUAAUAGUUAUUCCUUUUACCUAUUUGGUCAUCUGAUAAUCAAGAAACUAAAAUCUUUCUUCACCUGAAAACCAAGACAUGGAAGCAACUGAUCAAGUAGGGAAUAAUAAGAACUCCAAGAAACAAGACAGAGGAAGUGCAGAAACACGGUACCGCGGAAUUCGCCGGCGUCCAUGGGGUAAAUUUGCAGCAGAGAUACGUGACCCGACAAGAAAUGGUGCACGGCGGUGGCUUGGAACGUUUGAAACCGCGGAGGAAGCUGCAAGAGCAUAUGACAGAGCAGCUUUUGCUUUUAGAGGUCAUUUAGCGAUUCUUAAUUUCCCUAAUGAAUAUCAGUACAAUAGCCACAGCUCACCCCUGCCGUCAUUUGCUUCUUCUUCUUCUUCUUCUUCUUCUUCUGCUCCUCCUGCUAAUUAUGGCGUGGUGGGUUCUUCUGGAGGGCAAGAAGUUAUAGAGUUUGAGUAUUUGGAUAAUAAAUUGUUGGAAGAUCUUCUUGAAACAAAAGAAGUUAGCAAUAAUAAGGCUCAUUGGUAGUUUAUACCGAUUGAAUUUUUUCUUUUUUUAAGUUAAACGUAAUUCUUUAAAUUUUUGGUCAUUUAAUUGUUUGAUUUGUAA